GGCAGCGGCUGCUCCAGCACCGACACGGCCAGCGAGCACUCGGCCGACGAGGGGGGGGGCGGCGGCUCGGGGCCCCCCGGGGACCCCCCCUCGGGCUCGGGGCCCCCCCCGGGGCCGCCCCCCGGGCCGGCCGAGGCCGCGUUCCGGCGGCUGCGGUGCCAGCGGGUCCUGGCGCGGCGCGACGGCGUUUUCCGGCCGGCCGUGGUGAAGCAGCUGCGGCGCGGCCACGACCUGGGCGUGCAGUUCGCCGGCGACCGCGGCAUCACCUUCCUCGAGGGGGGGCUGCUGUGGGGCGACCCCCCCCAGGUGGUGCUGGACGCCACCCCCCCGGCGGGCGCGCUGGGCGUGGGCACGGCCGUGUGCGCCCGCCUGGACCCGCAGGAGACGCUGUACCGGCCGGGCACGGUGGUGGAGGUGAGCGCCAAGCCCCCCUCGUACCGCGUGCGCUUCGCCCCCCCGCCCCCCGCGCCCCCCGUCUGGGUGCCCCGCUCAGGGCUGCGCCUGCUGCGGCCCCCCUGGCCCCCCCAGGGCCCCCCGGACCCCCCGCGCCCCGAGGAGGACGAGGAGCCGCCGCUGCCCCGCGGCCCCGAGGACGCCGAGGUGUCCAAGCUCAGCUCGGCCCCGCGGCCCGGCCCGGCCCCCGGCGUUGCGGGAGGGGGGGGAGUCGCGGCUCCCGCCGCCCCCCACCCCGCCCCCGCGCCCGGGGGGGGCCCGGCGGGGACCCCCCAGCCCAAGUACAAGAAGGGGGACGUGGUUUGCACCCCCAACGGCAUCCGCAAGAAGUUCAACGGGAAGCAGUGGCGGCGGCUCUGCUCCCGCGACGGCUGCACCAAGGAGUCCCAGCGCCGCGGGUUCUGCUCCCGCCACCUCUCCAUGCGCACCAAGGAGCUCGAGGGGCUCCCCGAGGGCCGCCCGGGACCCCCGGGACCCCCCGCCCCGGGGGGGGGCCAGCGCGGGGGCAGCGCCGACUUCGAGUGGGACGAGACGUCGCGGGAGAGCGACGGCGACG